CUAGCGCAGCGCAGGUAUUGAGGGAUGAGUUGGUUGUAUUGCGCGCAGCUUGAAAGGUAGCUAGCUGUCCGCGCGCGCGUCGUCAGUUAAAGUAAGGAGCAAAUCCUGGGCCUUAAAGCUAGCUAGCCCGGAUUUAUUUUAGUACACCGGCCACUUUAUUUAAUUUUCCUUCCCUGCCGGUUAGCCUCUUUCUUCUUCUUCUUCGAUUCUUUCUUUGAUCAAUCGGCUCAUCCACUCAGCCGGCCAGCUGCGAUCUUCUUAUCCCACGCCGGCCGGACAAAUGGAAUUCAAAUGAUCUCUAUCAAUCCAGCUUCAUUACUUGGCUAGCUAGAUUGCUGGCCUCCAGCGCAGCGCAGCGCGGCGGGCGUGAUCCCUUAAUUAGCUGCUCAUUCCGUAUACAUAUACAUACAAUUUCAUUCAUUAAGAUCUAUCUAUCUAUCUAUCAUCAUACCCCUAGAAGGCUAGGUAGCUGUAAGUGGCCGGCCAUUAUAUAUAUAUAUCUUGGGUGGAUCAUGCUAUGCCUGCAUCGAUGUUGAGAAAUUAAUUAAGAUUAUAUAUACUUGGAUCAAUGAUGAAGAGGAACAGUAGCAGCGGCGGCGGCGGCGGCGGGCAUCAGCAUCCUCAUCAUCAAAUGAUGAUGAGCAGCAGCAGCUCAGAUCUGAUAGAUGCCAAGCUUGAGGAGCCCUAUCAACAACUCUGUGGUGGUGGAUCCAAGCUGCUGCACCACUGUCCUGGCUGUGGUCACACCCUUCAACCCAACCCGGAGUGGGUAGGUCUACCGGCUGGAGUGAAGUUUGACCCAACGGACCAAGAAUUGAUACAACACCUUGAAGCAAAAGUGGUGGUGGCUGAUAAAGAAUCCAAAUCUGGCGGCCGCGGCCACCCUUUGAUCGAUGAGUUCAUCCCGACCAUUGAAGGGGAAGAUGGUAUCUGUUAUACCCACCCAGAAAAACUUCCUGGUGUGACACGGGAUGGGUUGAGUCGACAUUUUUUCCACAGGCCAUCGAAAGCGUACACAACCGGGACGAGAAAGAGGCGGAAGAUUCAGACGGAGUGCGAGUUGCAGGCCGGCGGGGAAACCCGGUGGCACAAGACCGGCAAAACCAGGCCGGUCAUGGCCAACGGGAAGCAGAGAGGGUGCAAGAAGAUCCUGGUGCUCUACACCAACUUCGGCAAGAACCGGAAACCCGAAAAGACCAACUGGGUCAUGCACCAGUACCAUCUAGGUCAGCAUGAAGAGGAGAAGGAAGGGGAGCUCGUCGUCUCCAAAAUCUUCUACCAGACGCAGCCCAGGCAAUGCAGCAACUGGUCCUCCGCCGCUGAUCGUCGUGAUAGCGCCGGCAGUGGCAGUUGUUCUUCAUCCAAGGACGUCAACGCCCAAUCCCAAUCCCAAUCUCAUGGAGAUAAUAAUGUUAAUGAACUCUCGGUUGCGGUUGGGAUCUCCCCUUACGACACUGGCGCCGCGGCUUUGGAAACUCAACCCACCGACCACCAUUAUACCGCCGCCUUCCACCCUUUCACAAAACACGACGACGACUUUCAUCACGCGGGCGGGGGGAUUCCAGUGGCAGCCGAAGCUGCAGGUGCAGGUAGAAUGACGGUAAUGGAAAUUCAGGGGACAAGCAGGCUGCGGCAGUGCGAAGGCGGGCAGGAGCAAAAUACAAGCGCUGCCGCUGCGGCAGCAGCAUUGCACAACCCGCCGCCCCUCCUCUACCACCACCACCCGCCCUACAACGUCCCAACGAUCAUACUCUCCAAUCACAACAACUUCCAGCAGCAGCACCACCACCAGCAUCAUAAUCAUAAUAAGCUUGGAAGUAGAAGGUCUGCUUCUGAAUUGGAAGAACUCAUUAUGGGGUGCACUUCUUCUACUACUGAUCACAUCAAAGAGGGUUCAUCGUCCAUAAUAAUGGGUAACCAACAUGAGGCAGCAUGGCUGAAGUACACUACACCUUUCUGGCAUGACCCUGACAACCCGGAUCAUCAUGGGUAGGAGCGAACCCAACUAACUCCCAGGAUUUCUUCAAAGUGCAUAGGAAACUUGGUUUUGUUGGACCGUGCCGCACAUGGAUAGUGAUCACCUCCAUCUUUUAUUCUUCUUCUUUUGUGAAGAGUUAGAAUAGGACUACUUGUAUGUACGUGAUAAAGUCUAUACACAUACAUACAUACAUACAUAUAUUUAGGUAUUUAGGUGUGGAAUAUAUAUAUAUAUAUAUAUAUAUAUAUAUAUAUAUAUAUAUAUAUAUUCCCCUUUUAGAAAUGAAAUGUAAUGGUCAUUAUUUCUAACACCUGAUACUGUGUGAUGCCUUAGCUACUUAAACAUUACUUUUGAACGUUUUAUACUCAUCAUACAAAUUAACAUGACAAUGGUAGAAGCGAACAGUUCUGCUAAUGGUUUAGGAGUUUGUAAAUCACUCCCAAAUUU